AUGGCCAGCAGAGAAUCCAACGAGGCGCACAUGAAGCAAAAGCGCGCAAGGUCACAACUCAGCUGUACCGCCUGCCGACAAGGCAAAUUACGAUGUAACCGUGCUACACCAUGCGAUCAGUGUACGAAGCGAAGCAAAGAAUCAUCGUGUUCAUAUCUGCCACCAGCAGCGAAAACACGAAGUGCGCAAAAUGUCAAAGGCCGCAUUCAACACCUUGAACAGCUUGUUGUCGACCUGAUGAAUUCGAGAUCAACAAAUGAUAGCAAUGCGACACACAGUAGUGGGCGAACGAACAGCACUGCUACCAGUACUAAGGAAUCACCCACCUCUUCCCAGACCGAGGUUUCACAGCCCAGCACACAUAGCUCAUGCAGAGCAGACAAGACUUAUCCCGAAGUGACUCCGCCGUACAGCGAGGAUGAUCACUCACCGGUCAGACAUCAUCAGCAUGAAGCGCCACAACUAGAAUCAUUUGGUCAUCUACGAAUCAGCAAAGAGGGGACCAGUUAUGUCGGGUCAUCUCACUGGGCAACCAUCUUGGAUAGUAUCUCUGAACUGAAGCGCGAUCUGGACGAUUCUGAAGCCGAGGCGUCAGACGAAGAAUUUGAUGCAUGGCAGAAUGAAGAACCACUAAAUAGCCAUGACGAUGGAUUACCUGGAUUAUUGCGUUCGCCUCGAAAAGUCACGAAAGCUGAAUUACUAUCAAUGCUCCCACCAAGACCUGAAGCGGACGGGCUCGUCUCGCUUUGGUUCAGAGCACCCCAGCCCUACAAGUCUAUCAUACACGCCCCUCAAUUCCAGAAUGAAUAUCGACAGUUCUGGCGCUCACCGACUAGUGCGCCAGUCAUGUGGCUAGGCGUUUUAUAUGGCAUACUUAGCAUGGCGAGCUUGUUCAAGAUGCGUGCUUUGAGAAACCCCAAUACUCCAGAAGUACUCGCCGCCAUCAAACAGGCGGACCUGUACCAAGAGCUAGCGGCGUCUGCAGCUGUAUUGGGCAACUACAUGAAACCGAGAGCGUAUACAAUCGAAUGCUUGGUGUUGCAUGCUGGAAGCAGUCGAACGAACAACAUGUUCGACAUGUGGCUUAUCAUGGGUGUCGUCUUCAGACUGGCACUUCGAAUGGGCUAUCAUCGCGAUCCGAGUCACUACGGCAACGUAACCGUACUGACAGGGGAGAUGCGGCGAAGAGUGUGGCAUAUGCUGUACAUGGUCGACACUCUCGUGUCGUUUCAACUGGGCUUGCCUGCCAUGCUGCGCGCUGUACAGAGCGACACCAGACCACCACACAACCUCUUUGACCAGGACUUCUCCGUCCACAGCAAAACAUUACCACCUUCAAGGCCUACAGACCAGAUCACGCCAUCUUCGUACGGCGCUGCUAAGUUCAGGAUGUGCCAAAUCUUUGCUCUGGCGGCAGACAUGUCUCACGCGACAACGGCACCAUCGUAUACCGAGGUCAUGGACCUGGAUGCGAAAUUGGAGGAAGCGAAAGCGAAUAUACCAGGUGCGCUACAGUUCCAGGCUCUGGAGUUAUGUGUCACAGAAGAUCCAGAAUCGUUGAUGUGCAGGUUCAACCUGGAACUGCUCUAUCUGAAGACAAAGACAGUACUUCACAGACGAUUCAUGGUGGCUACAGCGACACAAGCAGCGGAGUCAUACUCCCGAGAAUGCUGCAUUGGCUCAGCGAUGAAAACAUUGCGCCACCAUCAAGAAAUCUAUCAAGCCUCUUCCCCUGGAGGUCAGCUCGAGUCCGUGUCUUGGUACAUGUGCUCGAUCGGCACACACGACUUCUUGCUAGCGAGCAUGAUAAUUUGUGUAGAGCUGUCACGACAACUCAACGAACAAUCGGAUCCAGCAACGGACAAGAUCGCUACACGUGGAGAUAUGAUUGCGGCACUUGAAGCGUCGAAGCGAGUCUGGGAAGAAGCCGGUCAAGAUGACUGCUUUGAACCAUCAUUCAAUGCAGGUGGAGCAUAUUUAGAAAAUGCAGCAUUGUCGGAAGUCCGAAAAGCUUGCAAGGCAAUGGCGGUCAUGCUGGAAAAGGUCAGGAAAGAUCAGGCAAGAGAUGUGAUACCACCAGCUGUGCCUGUGAUUGCAGAUUGGUCGCAGAUAUCGAUGCCAUCAAUACCGAUGCCCAACACGCUACCAGUGACCAAUGACUGGCCAGCGAUGAACCAAUGGACGCCUCCAAAUGAUUUCUCAGCAUUGGGCAACAUGAUGGACGUGUCCAACGACAUAAACUGGGAAAUGUGGGAUCAACAACUCUCGACUCAACAACAAGGAGCAAAUCAACAACCAGAGCAGUUCUCAUGGACAAUGGACGACGUGUUGGCAGCCACCGCACCUGGAUUUGCCGAACCAGACAUGACCAUGGGAUAUGGUCAGAACGGUGUAUGGCAGCCAGAACUGUGA